ACAAACCCUAUUUGAUUUUUCUGUAUCAAAUCUUUUUGACAAAUCUGAUGCUACUCUGAAAAUUGGAAAUUUCCUAAUUCGACAACAAAUUUCAAAAGUGAUAAUUAAAUCGUUGUUGAAUCAAGACACAACAGAAAGGAAUGAAAUUAUGAUAAAUAUCUUGAGUGAUGAAGAAUAUGAAGUUAGAGUUACUGUUCUUGAAAUGCUUUUGGAAUAUUUUCUUGAGAUGGACGUUAUACAUAUCGGUACAAGCGUUAUGUCAAUGAUUCAAUCAAAAUUAAUUACAAUGAUAUAUCAUGAAGAACGAUACCCGAAGUGCAUUCAACUCAUAGUAGAGUUACUUAUAUUAAUCAACCCGGACUAUCCAUUUCCAAAAUCAAAUUUAAUAUCAUCUCAGCAACUUUCAAUUAGGUUAGAUUUGGAAGAAUUUUGUAAAAAAUUGUUCAGAUAUAUGGAAAAAUUAAAGAGUUCAUCCAUAAUAGAAGCUACAUUAAUACUUUUGGGAGCUUUAACGGCUGAGAUAUGGAACGAAACUUCAUUACCACAUGAAUUCAGGUCCUUGAGUUUGAAAACUUGGGCCGAAUAUAUAAAUAAAAAUACUAAACCUGAAAUUACUUUGACACGGCGUGAAGCAGCUACAAAAUCGUUACAAUUAUUUAGUAGACUUCUGUUUAAAAAAGAAACCAUUUUCACUAAUAAUGACGAUAUACAAUAUUUUAUAUCUUUAUAUAUUGCUCUCAUUCGACUUACUCAGGAUGAUGACAUUGAUAUACGUCGAACUGCUGCAUUAAUUGUAUCCAAAGCUAUGGGUUUGGAGGUCGUUGAUUGUGAUAGGGCACGAGAAUUAUGUUAUGAAUACAUGACAAACCAAUAUUCUAAAUCACUUUAUUUAUAUGUAGCGUUAUUACAAAUAUUGACAAGAGACGUUAAACCAGAUGAGAUAUUAAAAUCAGAAAUGACUCCAUCUAGAGUUUUGUUUGCUAUAGAGAAUCCAAAUAUAUAUAAAGAAGAUUUGGUUGAUAUCCAAUUAGCUUAUAAGUAUCUAUUAAUAGCUAUAAAAAAGGAAAGAAAUAGAUUGGAGUUUCCUGAAAUGUUUAGAAAAGAUAUUCCAAUGUUCUGUGUCAAGCAAUUAGUCAUGGUAUGCGAGUUUAUAAGUUCACGCGAAGUACAGACCAACAAGAAUGGGCCAAUUGGUUUUACCUCACUUCCCAACGUGUUUAUUGUUAUGUAUAGAGUGAUAGCAACAGUUUCAGUGAUGAUCGAACUUGUAUCAGACACAGAAAGCAUUUCGAAAGAUGUCCGAAUAAUAAUCGAUAAGUUAACACACGAUAGAAUACAAUUACAUCCGUUACUUAAUGACUUAUUAUUAGGUGAAUUGAGUCAAAAUUGCUUUAAUAUUAUUACUAAAGGGGAAGAUAAAGAUGGCAACGAGUUUAUGACGUUUUCAAAAGAGUUUGAGAG